AUGAAGAGCAUGCAGGGCCUCUUGCACAAGACCAGUCUGCAGCAGGCUCAGGAGCGGCGACAGGCUUCACUCGCCCCAUCCUCUGUUGCUGGUCACAAGAGGAGCUGGUCAAACAACGACGGCGAUGCUCUGUCCCACAGCAAUCCCUCCCAUGGCGCCGUGCAAUUCCAGCGCGCCAUCAGCUUGCCUGCUACCCCUGCGCGCCUUGCCGCCAGCAGCAUCAUCCAUCUAAGCGAUGCUGUGGCCGUGUCAGAGUACUCGCAACGAAAGUUCAUCGCCGCCACCCCAACGUCAUCUCGAGAUCCAGAGCUGGACCUCGCCCAUCCCUUCUACGACCUCCCGCCUCAGCUCGUAACCAAUUUUGCCUCCUUGGGCAUCAAGCAAAUCUACCCCUGGCAGCGAAACUGCCUCAAAGGUCCCGGGCUCCUCGAUGGGCAGAAGAAUCUGGUCUACUGUGCCCCAACCGGCGGCGGUAAAUCCUUGGUCGCAGAUUUGCUGAUGCUGAAGCGAGUUAUAGAGGAGCCGGGCGUCAAGGCUCUCCUCGUUCUCCCAUACGUUGCUCUUGUCCAGGAAAAGGUCCGCUGGCUGCGAAACGUUGUCCACCGCCUUCAGGCCCCCGCCGGCCCAUUAGGCUUCUUCGGAGGUGGAAAGGUCAGGGCGACCUGGGAUGAUUUCGAGAUCGGUGUCUGCACAAUGGAAAAGGCAAACACUCUUAUCAACACGGCCAUCGAUGAUUGCUCAAUCUCCAAACUCCGAGCCGUGGUGCUGGAUGAGCUGCACAUGGUGGAUGAUGACCAUCGCGGCUAUCUCCUGGAACUCAUAGCUACCAAGUUGCUGAGCCUUGAUCAGCCCAUCCAGAUCAUAGGCAUGAGUGCUACGCUACCCAAUAUGAACCUUAUGGCGGAAUGGCUCGAUGCCCAUUGCUACGAGACACGGUACAGGCCUGUACCCAUCGAGGAGCAUCUUGUAUAUGACGGCAAGGUGUUUCCAGCUGGGCUCGGGCGCAACAUGCCCGGCUCAUCGGCACCUCCGGGAGGACAUGGCUUUGCAGCGGGCCGAAUGGCUCCCAUCAGGAGGAUCCAGAGCUCAGCUCACAAGGAGUUUACCGAUCCUGUGCUCAACGCAGUAGUUGCACUUGCUCACGAGACCGCCUCAUCGGGCUUUGGUGCCCUGGUAUUCGCCGGCAGCCGGGGCGUUUGUGAGGCAGACGCCCGCUGGAUCAGCCGCGUCAUGCCUGAGCCUGAUGUGCUCAGUCCUGACCUGGUUGAGAAGAGGAAGGACUUGCUCGGAGACUUGCGCAGUCUGAGCACUGGAGUUGACCCUGUUCUCGAAGAAACCGCCGGCUUGACCAGCGAGGAACGAGACCUCGUGGCCGCUGCAUACGACGCCGGGACUAUCCUCGUCUGCGUUGCCACAUGUAGCUUGGCUGCUGGCAUCAAUCUUCCCGCGAGGAGAGUCAUUCUGCACAACGCCCGCAUGGGCCGGGAGCUUGUCGGCCCAGCAAUGCUGAGACAGAUGAGAGGCCGUGCUGGUCGACAAGGCAAGUCCCCAGUCGGCGAAACAUAUCUCUGCUGUCGCGAAGCGGACCUGGAGCCCAUCCUGGAGCUUAUGCAUGCCGAGAUCCCAAAUGUUUCAAGCUGCCUCAACACCGAGAACAGGCGCCUCCAGCGGGCACUCUUGGAGGUCAUAUCUAUUCGCUUGGCAACGAGUCGAGAAUCUAUCCACGAUUACUUUACCAAGUCCCUGCUGAGCCACUCGCAGAGCCCAGAAUUUGUGCGUGACCGCACCGAGUCGAGCCUGGAGGAGCUGCAGAGCAUCGGCCUCGCCACCAGCGACAAUCUGGGUAACUUCGUGCCAACGCGGCUAGGCAAUGCUAUUGUAGCCUCAGCAGUCGAUCCUGAUGAUGGGGUUUUCGUUUAUAAGGAGCUCUCCAAAGCACUCCGGGCUUUUGUCAUGGACGGCGAGAUGCACAUUUUGUAUGUCUUUACCCCCGUCCAAGACUUUGGCGUCACCGUCAAUUGGCAAGUUUUCCGCAACGAGAUGGAGCUCCUGGACGAAAGUGGACUGCGCGUGCUCAGCUUUCUCGGGAUCAAACCCACGGCAAUUCUCAGACUAGGCCACGGGGCCUCGUUGAGGGAAAACACGCAAGAGGAGAAGAACCUGGCCCGGGUCUACCGUCGGUUCUAUCUCGCAUUCCAGCUGCGGGAUCUGUGCAACGAGAUGCCGAUCCACGUCGUCUCCCGCAAAUACGACAUGCCGCGUGGCACUGUGCAGACCCUCUCGCAGACUUGUCAAGGCUUCGCCGCGGGCAUGAUCAAGUUUUGCGAAAAGAUGGGAUGGGGUGUCAUGUCGGCAGCACUCGACCAUUUUUCCGACAGGUUGAUGGCGGGCGCUAGGACCGAUCUCUUGGCCUUGACAAAGAUUCCUUUCAUCAAAAGCCGCACGGCCAGAGUCUUUUGGGAAAGCGGCUAUCGCAGUGUCGCAUCGGUAGCAAAUGCAGACCCGAAAGAGUUGCUGCCUGUUUUGAUGCAGGCUCAGCCCAACAAGAUUCGCUUGAAGGGGCGCAACGACGAGAAGCUGGAGGAGAAGCUGCUUGCCAAGGCCGAGGUGAUUUCCACGGCGGCCAACAGGCUUUGGCAAUUUCAAAUGCAGGCGGAGAUUGAGGAAGAAUAG